AUGAAAACGAUCGCUUGUCUAGUGUUUGCCAGUGCCAUCGUUGCCUGCGCCAUGGCCGCCAUUACCGAUGAGCAGCGUGACGCGGCUCGUCAGCUGGCGGGCAAGUGUAUGCACGAGACGGGCGCCACGGAAGAUGACGUGAACCGGCUACGAUCGGGUGACACGGAGAAUGCCGAUCGCAACACGCGCUGCUUCGUGCAGUGCUUCUUCCACGGGGCCGGUUUCGUCGACCGGGACGGUAACGUGCAGACGGAGGAGCUCACCCAAAAGCUGGCCAGUGAGUACGGUCAGGAGAAGGCGGAAGAGUUGGUCGCCCGCUGCCGUGACAAUGCCGGGCCGGAUGCAUGCGAGCGUUCGUUCCGUCUGCUGCAGUGCUACAUGGAGAACCGGGCCACACUGAUCUAG